UGAGGCCUAGUUAUCACUUAGUUUGCCCUCUCUCCCGUCACUUUUUCUCUUUAUGUCUUCUUCGAUGUUUUGCAUCACUUAAAUAUUUCCACAUUUAUUGCAUCUAACUCCAAGAAAUAGUGAAGAAAUAUAUUAGAAAACAGAAAUUCCUCAGAAAAGACACGUAAAGGAACACAUGAAGAAUGGCUUUAUAAAAACAACAUCUGGUUUCAACUGAAAUUUGAAGUGAUUUAAUGAAGUCAUAAAGAAAGAUAUUACAUUUGUGUUGAAUGAGCAGUAAACAACAUCAUGGAGAAAACAGCAUGUGAGAACCAGGUUCAUAAUGAAACACCAUCUGAUAAGAAAGAUUUAUCUCAUGAGGACCAGUUGAACGUAGCAAAAAAAUUGCACACCUGUAACAUAUGUCUUAAAAUAUUCUCUGACAUUGACAGUUUGACUAAUCACAAACAUAUCCACACCGAAGACAAUGCACACCUAUGCAAUGUUUGUGGUAAAAAGUUCUCGCGUAAAACCAUUUUAACUCGUCACAAGCAGACACAUGAAAAAGAAAAGCCCUACUACUGUGAUGUCUGUGGUAAGACAUUUCCUGACAUUACAAAAUUAGCUUGUCAUACAUGUACCUAUGCAAGUGAGAAACCGUAUGUGUGUAACGUCUGUGGUAAAAAAUUCUCACAGAAAACUAAUUUAACUCGUCACAAACAUACACAUACGGAAGAAAAACCGUACCGUUGUGAGAUUUGUCCUAAAGCGUUUUUGAAGUUCGAAGAAUUAUCUUCUCAUAUUCAGACUCACUCAGAUAAAAAACCAUACCGUUGUGAUAUAUGUAGUAAAGCAUUUUCUAAAAGGAAAACAUUAGCUAUCCAUAAACAUAUUCACAUCGAUGAGAAACCAUAUCACUGUAAUGUUUGUGGGAAAACAUUUUCCAAAAGUAAACCAUUAGUUAUCCAUAAACGCGUUCACACCAAUGAAAGACCAUACAAAUGUGACGUCUGUGGUAAAGCAUUCUCUCAGAGUGGGUAUUUAACUUCUCAUAAACUUAUUCACACAGGAGAGAAACACUUCCAAUGUGAUACCUGUGAUAAAACAUUCUCUCGCAAAGAUUACUUGAAACGUCACAGACGUAUUCAUACAGGGGAAAAACCAUAUGAAUGUGAUGUCUGUGGUAAAGCAUUCUCUGGAAGUGCAAAUCUAACAUGUCAUAAGCGUAAACAUACAGGUGAGAGGCCAUACGAGUGUAAUAUCUGUGGUAAGACAUUCUCGACAACUGGAAAUUUAUCUUGUCAUAAACGUAUUCAUUCAAAUGAGAAACCAUAUCAGUGUGAAGUCUGUAAAAAAUCAUUCGCUCAGAAUGGGCAUUUAACAAAUCACCGAACUGUUCACACAGGUGAGAAACCAUACCACUGUGAUAUCUGUGAUAGAAGAUUUUCUAUAACUGGAGAUUUAAGACGUCACAAACUUACUCACACUGUUGAAAAACCCUACCAGUGUGACAUAUGUGGUAAAAAGUUCACUACAAAUGAAAAUUUAAAUUCUCAUAAACAUAUUCACUCAGAGAAAGCUCACCAGUGUGAUAUCUGUGGUAAAAUAUUUUCACUGAAGAGAUAUUUAAUUAGGCACAAACAUAUUCACACAAGUAAGAAACCAUACAAAUGUGACAUUUGUGGUAAAACGUUCUCUCUACUUGCAGACUUAACUCUUCACAAGCAUAUGCACACAAGUGAGAAACCAUAUACGUGUGAGGUCUGUGGUAAAAUAUUUGCACGAAAGAGAUAUUUGAUUAGGCACAAACAUAUUCAUAAAGUCUUGAAUCCUCCCCAGACUGAUGAGAUUUGUGAUAAAACAUACCCUGAAAGUGAAAAUCUUACUUCUCAGCAAGAUAUUCACUCAGAGAAACCACAUCAAUGUGAUAUCUGUGGUAAAAUAUUUGCACAGAAGAGGUAUUUAAUUAGACAUAAACAUAUCCACACAGGUGAUUAUCAUUGUGAUGUAUGUAAUAAGACAUUCUCUCGAAAUGAGUAUUUGACACUUCACAAACGUAUUCACACAGGAGAAAAACCAUAUCCGUGUGAUAUCUGCGACAAAGCAUUCUCUGCAAGUAAAAUUUUAACUCGCCAUAAACUUACGCACACAAGUGAUUUAAAUACCUGUGAUAAACAAGUUCCACCCAAAACUACUUUGGAUAUUCACCCUCAGAAAAGCAGUCUGGAAGUUCUCUCACCUCCCAAACUCCAGCAAAGCCAUCUGGUCCCUCACCAAGAGAGUUCAUGGAAUCCUCCAACCCACCAUCCCUCAACCAAGAUGCCUCUGUUAGCACACCCAAUGUGAAAACCUCCAUAUUUGUUGCUCGUAUCACUUCCGACUACACACUGCUCACGUCAACAAAGCUCCUUCAAAGUCCCCUGUUUUACCACCACAGUUAUUGUGUGUAAAAAUGGGGUCUAGUUGGUUUGGCUGCCAGCAUUUCAAAAAUUAAAGUUUAUUGAAAAUUUUUUAAUUUGGUACAUUAAUAUACUUUUCCAAGCUGAAUUGUUGGAGUUAUUUCACUUUUUUCUAGUAUAUGUCUUUAAUAAGUUAUAGAGGUUUAAAGUUUGAUCAUUUUCACCCAGUCAAGAAAAAGGAUUUGACGCUGUCAUUUUGUGUGUAACUACAUGUAUUGUCAACAUUAUGAAACUAGCACAUGUUUUUAUAUGAAAUUGUAAACAAAUCAUAUUCUGCUUAACAUACGACAUUUCACCUUUCAUAGCUUUUUUUAAAAUUUGGAAUUUUCAGAAAAUUUUUGCAAAUUUGUACUCUACACACAGGAAUUCAUACGAUUAUAGAAUAGGUGUGAUUCAAGGCCUAUUUAGCUGUUAUUUUUAGCAUAUCUCACGACCAGGAUACAAGCAACAGAACACCAUGUCAAGGCACGUGGCAUCGUGUAGAAUAUAUUUGUCAACACAUGUACUCUCUCAUUAACAAAAAGAGUUCUCAUGCUUGGUUUGUUACUAUGGAAACAGGCAUGAAUGUAUCUGUGGCUUACGAUUGGAUAGAUUUACCCUUAAUUUUCAAACUUUAAUUGCUAAUAACUCUUUAUCUAUUGAUUUAUAGUGAAAAUGAUUUUCACAUCACCCAUUAGCCUAUAAAAGUGUAUCGUUACACUGAAUAUGAAAUCAAUUCAAACAGAAAUUGAUGUUUGCAACCAAACCAACGGGAUCCUUAAAAUGUUCUUUCAUUACUUCACAACCCAGAAUGACAAUUGAUACUGACCUUGUUCUUUUCAUCACUCUCAACCAAGGCACUUCAGAGCUACAUCCAGUCCUUAUCAGACUCUCUCUCUGUCUACAAGCCCCUGUCACAAUCCAUGGAAACAUGCAGCAGUGUAUCCCUUUACCUAAAAUCACAACUCUGCUGACUAACAUAUUGCUCUCUUUCUCCCUCCCCUUCUCACUCUCUCUUUCUCUCAGCACCUCAAUGAAGAUUGAAUCAAUUGCAAACAACUCUUUCAUGGACCUUCAUCUUCAUACAACUUCUGCAGAACCACUUAAAAUGGAGACUUGCUUUUGUCUAUCAUUUGCCUGUUCUUAUUGCUCUUGAGAA